AUGGCUUGGGUGCACGUGAGCAGCAAGAAGCUCCGUGCUCCAAACAAAACGUUGACGAGCGUGGCGUCCUUGCGCGAGCCGCUCGUCAACAUUGAUAAUCCAUACGAGGAGCCGCGGAAAGGUUGCGUGCUUUGCGACGUGACCGUCGACUUCAAGAACGUUCAGCUUUUGUCGCAGUUCAUCUCGCCGCACACGGGACGGAUAUACGGCCGUCACCUUACUGGCUUGUGUGGACGCAAACAGAAAGAAAUCUCUAAAGCCAUCAAGAAGGCACACUCCAUGGGUUUCAUGUCGGUGACCCACAAACAUCCCGAGUUCAUGCGUGACCCCAACAUCUGCGGCAUCAAACAUGUGGAUUAG